AUGUUGGUCAGCGUGCGGGGCCCAGUCAUUCGCUCGCAAGCAAACCGCUGUGUCAAGGCCCCCUCCGCAAAUGCACCUUCACCGCUGCAGGCGGAGCUGGAUUUGAAUGGCCGUUUAACAGCUUUUGGAGACGGCACUGCACUUCCAGCCUCCCAGCGAAUUCUUGGAGCUCUAGCUCCUCCGCCUGUAGAAAUGUUGGUCAGCGUGCGGGGCCCAGUCAUUCGCUCGCAAGCAAACCGCUGUGUCAAGGCCCCCUCCGCAAAUGCACCUUCACCGCUGCAGGCGGAGCUGGAUUUGAAUGGCCGUUUAGCGUUGGUGGUUCGCGGCAGUGCAGCCCCCUGGAAGAUAGUUCGGGUAGAACGGCAGGAGAUGGAUAGCCGUCCGCCGCCCGAUGCGGGGCAUUCGGGAUAA